AUGCCAGGUCUGAGACUUAACAAAGGUACCUCUACAUCCCGACCUCCUACACCUGCCAACUUGAAUUUACCGGAUGCAAUCCAGCUGAAAGACAUUGUUUGUUAUUUAUCACUGCUAGAAAGAGGAAGACCUGAAGACAAGCUAGAAUUUAUGUUUCGUUUAUAUGAUACAGAUGGAAAUGGAUACCUGGAUAGUUCGGAGCUGGAAAAUAUCAUUGCACAAAUGAUGCAUGUGGCAGAAUACCUUGAAUGGGAUAUUACUGAACUGAGCCCAAUUCUUCAUGAAAUGAUGGAAGAAAUUGACUAUGAUCAUGAUGGCACUGUUUCUCUAGAAGAGUGGAUCCAAGGAGGAAUGACAACAAUCCCACUCUUGGUCCUUCUUGGAUUAGAGAAUAAUGUGAAAGAUGAUGGGCAGCAUGUAUGGAGACUGAAGCACUUUAACAAGCCUGCUUACUGUAAUCUUUGUUUGAACAUGCUAAUCGGAGUAGGCAAGCAGGGUCUCUGCUGUUCUUUUUGCAAGUAUACAGUCCAUGAACGCUGUGUCUCAAGAGCUCCUGCGUCUUGCAUCAAAACAUAUGUGAAGUCCAAAAAGAAUACUGAUGUAAUGCACCAUUUCUGGGUGGAAGGAAAUUGUCCAACAAAAUGUGAUAAAUGUCAUAAAACCAUAAAAUGUUACCAAGGUUUGACUGGACUUCACUGUGUUUGGUGUCAGAUUACAUUGCAUAAUAAAUGUGCUUCACAUCUAAAACCUGAAUGUGACUGUGGACCUUUGAAGGACCAUAUUUUACCACCCACAUCAAUCUGCCCAGUAGUAUUGACGCUACCCACUUUAGGAGGUUUGCUCCCUGAGGAAAGGCAGGCAACGGUGAAAAAAGAAAAAGGUUGUCCCCAGCAAAUGAACAAACUGGGAGAACGAAACAAAAUGCAGAGAGCAAAUUCCAUCACCGUAGAUGGACAAGGUCUUCAGAUCACUCCAGUUCCAGGCACUCAUCCACUUUUAGUUUUUGUCAAUCCUAAAAGUGGUGGGAAACAAGGAGAAAGAAUUUAUAGAAAAUUUCAGUACCUUUUAAAUCCUCGUCAAGUUUAUAGUCUUGCUGGAAAUGGACCAAUGCCAGGGUUAAAUUUUUUUCGAGAUGUUCCUGAGUUCAGAGUACUAGCAUGUGGUGGAGAUGGGACAGUCGGCUGGAUUUUGGAUUGCAUAGAGAAAGCAAACUUACUUAAGCAUCCUCCAGUUGCAAUUCUGCCUCUUGGGACUGGCAAUGAUUUAGCAAGGUGUCUGAGAUGGGGAGGAGGUUAUGAGGGUGAAAAUUUAAUGAAGAUCUUAAAAGACAUUGAGAACAGCUCUGAGAUUUUGCUGGACAGGUGGAAAUUUGAAGUAAUACCCAACGAUAAAGACGAGAAAGGAGACCCAGUGCCUUACAACAUCAUCAAUAACUACUUUUCAAUCGGCGUGGAUGCUUCAAUUGCCCACAGAUUCCACAUCAUGAGAGAAAAACAUCCAGAGAAGUUCAACAGUAGAAGUGAAUGUUUGCUUAUACAAGAUAGAGAACCUGGACAGCUUGAAACUGUUUGUUACAGUAUAGGUCCAUCUGAGAGACUUCUUCAUUCUUUUCCUGCUGCCAGGGUGAAAACUCCAGCAAGUAACAUUGACAACCAUGGCUAG